AGUGGUCUCCAGUAGUACUUUUUGGCUGCAAAGCGAGUCAGUGGAUUAGUAUAGGAACACCAAGAAAUAAAAAGGUUGGUGCUGCUGGUGCUGGCUGCUAGUAGUAGUUCCUGGAAAUGAAUGCAACCUCUCCUAUUCAUGGUGAUGCAAUUGCAUUUAAGUGGCAUUGAAACCGCUUGCAAGGAGUUUGGUGAGAGGAGGGAGGAUCCGGAGUUGGAGUGAGUGAACUGAGCAGAGCAGAGGCUGCUGCUUGCUUUGUCAGCUCAUCCCCAUUCCUGAGAGCUGACCGCUCUCGCUGGAUUUCCAUUUCCUGAUAGGAGAGCUCUUGAUGCUGCAGAAGCAAAGAAAGCGGAGUCAAAUCUUUGGGAUUUCUUUUUUCCAUCCUGUUUUCUUUCUCCUUCUUUGCCUUGCCACCCCUUUAAUUUGAGUUCUUGAUCCUGCCAAAAGCAAAAGCCCCCACUUUCUGCUGGGAAAGGCGAAGGGUGUCAUUGCAUUUCGUUUCAUUUCAACCUCCCUCCCCUCCAUUUCCGCUUCGAAGAAAUCUGCAGUUUUCCCCAACCUCAAAUCCACAAGAAAUUUCUCAAGGAGUGCUCAGGUUCUGGCGCUUCUGAUCCCCAUUGCCCCCCUCCAGAGAUCUAAAUUUUCGUUCCACAAGAAGCUGCAGGCUUUCCGCGCUUUGUUGUUUGUUGAUCCGAAAUCUACCCAGAAAUCCCGGGGAUUUUUUCCGUUCCGCUCCAUGCCUCGUUGAAUCCAUCCAAACUGCCGCAGAGGAGGAGCUGCGAUUUUUCCGGCUGCGAGCGCCGCCGAUCCGAGAGUACUCAGGGGAGGUCCCGGCCCCAUGCAUCUCUCCCUGUGGAAGCCGCUCUCCCACUGCGCCGCCAUCCUCCUCGCCAAGAACCACCGGCGGCGCGGCGGGGGCGGUGGGGGCGGUGGAGGCGGCGGCGGCCAUGGCAGCAACGGCCGCCGUGACGACCCGUCGUCGUUCCUCCGGCAGCUGCGCGACGCGCUCGACGCCGCGUCGGAGGAGGGCUCCCUCUGCCCGCCGCCGGAUGCGCAGGCCGGAGCGGACGCGGACGCCGCCGUGACCCGGUCCCGCUCCCUGGCGCGCCUCCGCGCGCAGCGCGACUUCCUCCGAGCCACCGCCCUCGCCGCCGCCGCCGGCCCGUUCCGCUCGCCCUCCGACCUGCCGCUCCUCGCCCACGCCAUAGCCACCUUCCUCUCCAUGUACCCGGAAUACGCCUCCACCUCUGACGUCGACCGCCUCCGCCUGGACCAUUACUCCCACCUUGAUGCUCCCGGCGCAGGCAGGGUCUGCCUGGACUACUGCGGCUUCGGCCUCUUCGACUCCAGCUGGGACUCCUCCUCAUCGUGCUUCACAUUGUCCGAGCUCAAUGCCAAUCUGAGCAACCAUGCUCUAUAUGGUGGUGCCGAGCCUGGCACCGCCGAGAACGACAUCAAGGAGCGGAUCUUGGAGUACUUGAAUGUGCCGGCCAGCGAGUAUGCCCUGGUAUUCACGGUGAGCCGGGGGUCAGCGUUCAAGCUGCUUGCUGAGUGCUACCCGUUCGAGAGCAAUCGGAGGCUGCUCACCAUGUUCGACCAUGAGAGCCAGUCUGUGAACUGGAUGGCGCAGAGUGCGCGAGCAAAGGGUGCCAAGACGCGCACCGCAUUGUUUCGCUGGCCCACUCUUAAGCUCUGCUCAACGGAGCUGCGGAAAGAGAUCGUGGGAAAGAGGAAGGGAAGGCGGCGGGAUGCUGCAGCCGGGUUAUUCGUCUUCCCUGCGCAGUCUCGGGUGACUGGCGCCAAGUACUCCUACCAGUGGAUGGCACUGGCGCAGCAGAAUGGCUGGCAUGUUAUGCUUGAUGCCGGCGCACUUGGUCCCAAGGACAUGGACUCUCUGGGGCUCUCGCUGUUCCGGCCGGACUUCAUUAUAACCUCAUUCUACAGGGUGUUUGGUGCAGACCCAACUGGGUUUGGUUGCCUUCUGAUCAAGAAGUCGGUGAUUGGGAUCUUGCAAGGGAGGAAUGGCUGUAAUGCCUCUGGGAUGGUUAAGAUUGUUCCAGUGUUCCCACAGUACCUGAGUGACUCCAUCGAUGAAUUUGAUGCACUGGAAGCUGAUGGGCUCGAAGAUGACUCUGGCGCUCCAAAAGAUGAAAAUCCAGUGUCUGAUGUCCGGAAUGGGUCGCAGUUGCCAGCAUUUUCGGGCGUCUACACAUCUGCUCAGGUCAGAGAGACAUUUGAUUGUGACCCUGGUCGUGACAGUAGCUCGGAUAGGGAUGGGGCGAGCACCAUUUUUGAAGAAACAGAGAACUUAUCAGUCGGCGAGGUCAUGAGGAGCCCAGCAUUCAGUGAGGACUGUUCGUCAGAGAACUCUUUCUGGGUUGAUGUUGGCCAGAGCCCAUUGGGAUCAGAGAAGUCUGGUCAGUUCAAGAAAGGGAAACUGGGAUCACCAUUACCAUCUUCUUGGUUCACUGGCAGAAAGAAUAACAAGAGGAUGUCGCCUAACCUAGCGUCGAGGAUAUCAAGAAGCCCACUUUAUGAUGGCAAUGUGAUUUCUUUUGAUGCUGCUGUACUAUCGGUUUCACAAGAUGUAGAUUGCCUCAGGGAAGACCCUGAUGAAGAAAUCCUUGAGAAUGGCCGGAGAAAUCAUUUCAGGCAAGUCAGUGAAAUCCAAGAGGAGCCAGAGGUUGAAGAGGUUGCAUGUCGGCAUGCUAUGAACGGCGGUGUGGAUCACAAAGAAAGUGCAAUAAGAAGGGAGACUGAAGGAGAAUUCCGGCUGCUGGGAGGGAGGGACGGAAACAGCAGGUUUACCGGGGGUCGUCUGUUUGGCGUUGAAGAGAUUGAUGGAGGUAUAAGCAUGGGGCGCAGGGUUUCAUUCAACACUGAGGCGAAUAUGAUUGCUGACAGGCUACAUCGGGCCUCUGACGCUGCUGAAGCUUCAGGAUAUCCAUUCCGUGAUGAUGAUGGUUGCAUAAGUGAUGGGUAUGAUGAUGAUGCUCAGGACUGGAGCAGGAGGGAGCCAGAGAUAGUUUGUAGGCACAUUGAUCAUGUUGAUAUGAUGGGGCUCAACAGAACAACUCUUAGGCUAAGGUACCUUAUCAAUUGGCUAGUAACUUCGUUGUUGCAGCUGAGGCUGCCAGGCUCAAAAGACGUUGAUGGGGUCCCUCUUGUCCACAUUUAUGGCCCAAAGAUUAAGUACGAAAGGGGAGCAGCUGUUGCUUUCAAUCUUAAGCAAAGUGAUGGCACUUUCAUCAAUGCAGAAGUUGUUCAGAAGAUUGCUGAGAAAAAUUGCAUAUCUCUCGGCAUCGGUUUUCUUAGUCAUAUAAAGAUAGAUCCAAACCAGAAACAGUCAAAUGGAGCACUAGAUAUACCCGAGGCUACCCUUUACAAGAAUGGCCGGAGAGACAGUAAAAAGGUGACUUUAAGAGUUGAGGUUGUGACCGCUUCGCUUGGCUUCCUUACUAACUUUGAAGAUGUGUACAAGAUGUGGGCAUUUGUUGCCAAGUUUCUAGAUCCUUCAUUUCUGGAAAGUGAACGCCUCGCCAUAGCCACUGACCACUCAGAAGGACAAAUUUGAGCUUGAUGUAUCAUUUGGCAACUAGCAAAGGAGAGGAAGGUGACCUUUCUCCUUUUGUUGAGCCAUCGUUUAUGUUUCGAGGGGUAAUUGGUAGUGGAUUUAGCAGAUUUAUUUAUUCUUUGCCUAGUUCCUCGACAUGUGACUUAUUUUUGUGUCAUGUAGAGUUUGCUCAAAUAUGUACCAGCAGCUCAUCAGUAGAGCUCCUUUCCACUGAACAUUGUUUGUAAAGCAGCUCACUGAAAAUGAAAGUUUUGAGUGCUUUGUUA